GUGGCAGCAGUCCGCGAAGUCAUCGAGUUUGUCAAGCAACCUGCAGCCGUCGGGCGCCAAAGCCGAUGCUCUCAGGGAGGAGAUGGAGGAGGCGGCAAACCGAGUGGAGAUUUGCAGGGACCAGCUCUCGGCUGACAUGUACAGCUUCGUGGAAGAAAUCGACUAUGCAAACUACUUCCAGACGCUGAUCGAGGUGCAGGCCGAGUACCACAGGAAGUCGCUGGCGCUUCUGCAGAACGUGCUGCCUCAGAUAAAAGCCCAGCAGGAAGCGUGGAUGGAGAAGCCGUCCUUCGGGAAGCCGCUGGAGGAGCACCUGGCCGUCAGCGGGCGGGAGAUCGCCUUCCCCGUGGAGGCCUGCGUGACCAUGCUGCUGGAGUGCGGCAUGCAGGAGGAGGGUCUGUUCCGCGUGGCUCCCUCUGCCUCCAAGCUGAAGAAGCUGAAGGCCGCCCUGGAUUGCUGCGUGCUGGACGUGCAGGAGUACUCGGCCGACCCGCACGCCAUCGCAGGAGCGCUCAAGUCCUACCUGCGCGAGCUGCCGGAGCCGCUGAUGACGUUUGAGCUGUACGAGGAGUGGAUCCAGGCCUCCAACAUCCCGGAGCAGGAGAAGCGGCUGCAGGCCCUGUGGAGCGCCUGCGAGAAGCUGCCCAAGGCCAACUACAACAACAUCAGGUACCUGAUUAAAUUCCUGGCCAAGCUGACUGAGUACCAGGACAUGAACAAAAUGACGCCGAGCAACGUGGCCAUCGUGCUGGGUCCCAAUCUCCUCUGGCCGCAGGCAGAAGGGAACAUCACAGAGAUGAUGACGACCGUCUCCCUGCAGAUCGUGGGCAUCAUCGAGCCGCUCAUCCAGCACGCGGACUGGUUCUUCCCCGGAGACAUUGAGUUCAACGUCACGGGGAACUACGGCAGCCCCAUGCACGUGAACCACAACGCCAACUACAGCUCCAUGCCCUCCCCGGACAUGGACCACGCCGACCGCAAGCAGCACGACCAGGCGCGGCGGCCGCUCAGCGUGGCCACGGACAACAUGAUGCUGGAGUUUUACAAGAAGGAUGGCCUUAGGAAAAUCCAAAGCAUGGGCGUCAGGGUGAUGGACACCUCGUGGGUGGCCCGCAGAGGCACCUCGGGGGGGCGCAAGGCGUCCGCCACCCCCCCUGCCACGCAGCCCCCCGCGCCGCCCACCGAGCUGCCUGGCACGCCGCACUCGCCCAUCCCCGAGCAAGCGCCCGAUAUUUCGGCGACCCCCUCUCCUCCUCCCACCAGCUUCGGCUUCCCACCUGCAGCCGAGCGGGCAAGCACGGGUGAUGCGCCGCCUGCCUGGUCGGAUUGCUGCUACAGCCCCCCCCGCCCCGAGGACAAGCGGGGUCCCCCGGCCCCCGGUCCCCAACCCCGUCCCCUGCCCUGGGCACAGCCCGCCCCGGGGCUCGGCCCCGCACCCCUGCGCCUCUGGGCGGGCUGCAGCCGCAGCCUGCCUCCCCCCCGCCGCUCCUCUUCCUCCCCUCGCCCUCUGCUCGCCCCCCACGCUCGCCCCAAGCCCUGCUCCCUGCCGGUCCCCACGCAGCGCUCCCCGGCCCCGUGGCACUGCCCGCUCCCCGUCGCUGCCCCCCUGCUCCUGCCCAGCCCCCGGCCCCGAGCGCUGCCCUCUGCCCCCGGGGGCGGCCGCACGCCUGCGGGAGCCAGCCUGGCCAGCACUUUAAAACCCAAGGAGCUCUCCCCCGUCUCCGGGCCGCAGAAGGGCAGCGGGCAGCAGGCAGCGGCCGCGCCGCCGUCCCCCGCCGAGCAGAGCCCGCGCAGCCUGCGCAAAGCCUCCAAGAAGCUGGCGCCCAUCCCGCCCAAGGCGCCCUCGGGGGGCACGUCGGAGCCGCCGGCGGGCCAGCCGUCCCCCGCCAGCCUGUCCCCCACCCCACCGAGCACCCCCGCGCCCUAUGGACUCGCUUACCCGCAAGGCUACUGCCUGGCCUCAGGUCAGCUGUCCCCAGCCGCCGCACCUUCCCCGUCUCCUCCUCCUCCUCCUCUUCCUCCCCUGGGCGGCUCUGUAACCAAAUCUCGACCCGUCCCCAAGCCGAGGCAGAGGCCCUCGCUGCCGCCGCCGCAGCCCCCCACGGCCAGCGCGUCCGGCUCUAGCCCCCAGCCCGCGGAGCCCCCCCUGCUCGACGCCGUGGCCCCCGGGGAGAGCGUGCCCACAGGUCUGGUCCAUUUCGAGAUCCCGUCCAUCCACCUCGGCGUCGAUGCCGCCCUGCGCCGGGACCCGCCGGACGCUGCGCAGAGACUCUCGGUGAAAGCCCCCCCGGAGGAGGAGGAGGACUCGGAGAGCACGGCCCUAUGACAGCGUCCCCUCCCCGCCCGUCCCCGCGGCACCCGGCCAGCGCUCGGGGGACGCUGCUCCUUAGUUGGGUUCGGUUUGGUUCGGUUCGGUUCGGUUCGCCUUAUCCAGACUUUGCCUUGUGACUCGGUGCCUAUGUCCCCCCCGGCAGGCGCCCACGUCCCGGGGUGCAUCCGGCAUCCCCGCGGUGCCACCGGGGCUGGAGAGGUGCCGGCAGCCCCGUCCUCCCCCCGAAAUGGGGCGCGGGGGGCACGCGGGUGGCGUUGCUCCGGGGUCUCGUCUCUUUGCUUCGGCCCCGGCCGAGCGGGGCUGGGGGAGGACGGCCCAGCAGCAAUAACGCGAGUGCCAGGAGGGGGGGGGACGCAUCCCUGUCCCCUGCCUGCAGCCCCCGCUCGCUGUCGUCGUGGGUUGGUGGCGUGGAGCAGAGGCUUUGGUUGUGCAUGCAGAGACAAAGUAACCUUUUAUCCUUUUCAGAGAGAUGGUAUAUAUAUAUAUCUGGUGGGCAUAGAUAUAUAUAUAUUAUAUAUUUGUAUAUAUAGAAAUAUAUAUAUAUAUAUUUGUUUUAUUUGGAGCCAUUCCACCUGACCUGGCGUACAAGGGACAAUGUAAAUGGAAAUGCUUCGCCUUCCCGGCCCCCUGGCCCCGCUCCGCUCCCCGCGCGCUGCACAGCCCAGACCCCCCCGGGCUGCCCUCAGCCCCCGCCGCGAUGUGACCGUCACCCCUUCGGGGGGGGGCCGGGCGAGGGGAGGGCGGGAGCACCCGAAAUAAAUGUGCAAAUUGCUGUUGA